AUGUUCCUGGAGCAUGGUUCGUUUGAAAGUCUUGAGAUUCGCAUCAAGAAGAAGCACAUCGAGAGCCAGUCUCGUGCGAAGUCUGGUGGGUGGUAUACAAAGGGGCAGCUAGAGGGGCAACACCAGUGGACUAAGAAAAUGGUGGAACGUGCCUUUCAAUGGGCAGAGCAAAAUAAGAAGACCCGGGUGAAUGCUGUUCAUGGGGAGCCUGAAGCGUUCCUAUUGAUUUCGGACACAGUUGCCUUCACCAGUACGGACAUAGAAGAAAAUGAGCAAUCUGGCGCCAUCGAAUGUGAGGAUCCACAGGGCACCCUCUUGGACACCAACAUGACCAACAUCAACGCUGGUGACGAUGCCUUGUUGAGCAGUGCCCCCGGUGCAUCUUCGUCCUCCGGGAAUGGGGUUCCGGGCCCAUCCAAUGCGGGCACGAUGGCCACAGCUGGGGUGAUGAUGACGUUUCCUACGCUGGUGGCCAACGCGUCGCCUUUGAUGAUUCUCCCACAAUUCGUGGAAGUUCUGGGCAAGAAGAUUGAUAAGAUUAACACUGAGCUGGACCGUCUGCGGCAAGUGCAAACCAAACCUGCACAGGGGUUGGUGAAAGCUAUGACUGAGCAGUUGGAGAAGAUGCAGAACCAAUACGAUGCUUUGGCAAACCAAAUGUCUGAAGCAACAGUUCACCCAGAAGCCAUGGACCAGCCUUUUGUCAUUUCGCAAUGCGGUCCAGCAGAACUUUGUGAAUUGCACGAAGCUGGAUGUUGGCAUGAACAGCUUGGUCCAGCGGGUAUGCGGCCGUCCUCAGCUUCGUCAUCUGCGCCGCCUCGACCUAAAGCAGCUGUGAAGGCUAAGGCGAAAGCCAAGGCCAAGCUUAAGAGUUCGUCUUGCAGACCCAAAAGGGAGGCCGAUGCCUAG